CCACUUUAACCAUUGAUAAUCUCAGAGUUCAGUUAACUUUGAUUUGGGUUAGAUUCUCUCCGCCUCCUGGUUUAGGCGUCUAGCUCAUCUCUAGCCCCUCCCCAAAAACAUGAUUAGGGUUUCAGAAAUCUCCCAAAUCCAUUAAUCUUCUCUUCAAUUUUUAGUAUUUCGGAAAAAAGAACGAGAAAAAAAAUAGGGAAAGAAAAAAUGGAGACGCAAAGGAUAAUAGAGUUUCCUCACAAUAAUAUGGAUAAACGUCCCAGGAAGAGGCCCAGAUUAACAUGGGAUAUGCCCCCUCCUCUUCCUCCUCCUAAGGUUCUUCCAACAAUACAUUGCAGUCAGGAAUUCGGGAAUGCAGGGAUCUCUAAUUUUUCAUAUCCUAAUAAUAUGUUUCACAGGGGGAUUCCUCAUAAUGGGUCUCCUCCUUGGAGACCUGAUGAUAAAGAUGGCCAUUAUGUUUUCGCCGUUGGAGAAAGUCUAACUCCUCGAUACAAGAUUCUCAAUAAAAUGGGUGAAGGAACAUUUGGUCAAGUGUUGGAGUGUUUUGACAAUGAAAGGCAAGAAGUUGUGGCCAUCAAAAUUGUCCGCUCCAUACACAAGUAUCGUGAAGCUGCUAUGAUUGAAAUUGAUGUCCUUCGAAGACUUGCUAGGCAUGAUAUGAGUGGUGCUUGUUGUGUGCAAAUACGGAAUUGGUUUGACUAUCGUAAUCAUAUUUGUAUUGUAUUUGAGAGGCUUGGACCUAGCUUAUACGAUUUUCUCCACAAAAACAGCUACCGUUCAUUUCCCAUUGAUCUUGUUUGGGAGCUUGGCAGACAAAUUUUGGAGUCUGUAGCAUUUAUGCAUGAUUUGCGAUUAAUUCACACUGAUUUGAAGCCAGAAAACAUUCUGCUUGUUUCCUCCGAAUAUAUACAGGUGCCAGAUUAUAAGUUUUUAUCACGCUCUACCAAAGAUGGUUCUUAUUUUAAGAAUCUGCCAAAGUCAAGCGCAAUAAAGCUGAUUGAUUUUGGGAGUACAACAUUUGAACACCAAGAUCAUAGCUAUGUUGUGUCAACUCGACAUUAUCGUGCACCAGAAGUCAUACUUGGUCUUGGAUGGAACUAUCCAUGUGACUUGUGGAGUGUGGGUUGCAUACUGGUUGAACUUUGCUCUGGUGAGGCACUUUUUCAAACUCAUGAGAACCUAGAGCAUCUUGCCAUGAUGGAGAGGGUUUUAGGGCCAUUACCCCAACAUAUGGUGCUUAGAGCCGAUUGUCGUGCUGAGAAAUAUUUUCAGAGGGGCACACGGUUGGAUUGGCCUGAUGGUGCUACUUCAAGAGAAAGCCUGAAGGCAGUUGGGAAACUGCCUCGCCUGCCUAACUUAAUAAUGCAGCAUGUCGAUCAUUCUGCUGGUGAUUUGAUUGAUCUCUUGCAAGGGCUACUACGGUACGAUCCAGUUGACAGACUUAAAGCUAGAGAAGCACUAAGACAUCCAUUUUUUACCAGAGAUCAUAGAAGGUUCAGCUACCCCUUAUAAUUGGAGAUUGGGAUCUUUGUCAAAUAUUUGAUGUUGAGCAAACCUAGCAUAUCGAGGCAUAUGUUGAAUGGCAUUUUUGUCUCUUAAAGUAUAUUUGCAUGAUUACAUAAUAUAUAUUUAUUUAUAUAUAGUGGUAAAAGUACCAUGGAGGCAACUUUACUAUGUAUCAGAUGCAUUUUGUUUCUUUUACUCAAUAAUAGGCAAAUUAGUUCCUGUACUUUUUUAUUUAACGUGCAGGGAUUAAUUUGCUCAUUUUUUGAGUAAAUGGAGCGAAUGCAUUCCGACUCAUAAUACAAUGACUUCCAUGGUACUUUUUACCUAUGUAUAGUGUAUACUCAUUCCCUUUCUUUAAGGUGGGAUUUGCGUCUCUUUUUUGUCUGUAGCCGUUUUCUUCGUUUCAUCAUGUUUGUUAUCUGGUGGUCAUCUUGGAAAUUUUAUGCACCUGGUAAUGUUCAUGUUUGUUGUCUGAUAUUUAAGAAGAGCAAUAUAAAAGUUGUUUUAAAAGUAUAUAUAAA